AUGGCUGCUGCCAGUAAUCUGCAAUCUGAAGAUCAGUUUCUGUGCUCCAUCUGUCACAAUGUCUUCACUGAUCCAGUCUCUACACCAUGUGGACACAACUUCUGCAAAAACUGCAUCACUCAGCACUGGGACACUAAUGACAGACACAAGUGUCCUAUGUGUAACAAGGUGUUCAAGAGACGACCUGAACUAGACAUCAACACUUUGUUCUCUGAGAUGGUUGCGAAGUGCAGACGUGAACAACAAGCUGCCAAACCAGGAGAAGUUCCCUGUGACGCCUGCACUGGAACCAGACUGAAGGCCCUGAAGUCCUGCCUGGUGUGUCUGACCUCCUACUGUCAGACUCACCUGGAGCCUCAUCGGACAGCUACAAGUCUGAAAAGACAUCAGCUGAUUGAGCCUGUGGAGAACCUGGAAAACAGGAUUUGUAGGAAGCACAAUAAACAUCUGGAGCUGUUCUGUAAGACCGACCAGACAUGUGUCUGUGUGCUCUGCUGUGUUUUAGAGCACAAGACUCAUGAAGUUGUUCCUCUGAGAGAAGAAUAUGAAGGAAAGAAGGCAGAGCUGGAGAAGACACAAGCUGAAACUCAGCAGAUGAUCCAGAAGAGACGACUGAAGAUUCAGGAGAUCACAGAGUCGGUGAAGACGAAUAAAGAUGCUGCAGACAGACAGAAAGCAGAAGGUGUUCAGGUCCUCACGGCUCUGAAGGAGUCUGAGAGACGCCUGAAGGAGCUCAUAAAGGAGAUCGAAGACAAACAGGAAACUACAGAGAAACAGGCUGAAGGUCUCAUCAAAGAUCUGGAACAGGAAAUCUCUGAGCUGAUGGAGAGAAGCUCUGAGGUGGAGCAGCUCUCACACUCUGAAGACCACCUCCACCUCCUCCAAAGCUUCUCCUCCCUGAAAGCUGCUCCAUCCACCAAGGACUGGACAAAGGUGAGAGUCCGUCUACCAUCAUAUGAGGGGACUGUGGGGAGAGCUGUGGAGACACUCAGGAAACACAUGAAGAAGCUGGUUGAUGCUGCAGAGCUGAAGAGGGUCCAGCAGGAUGCAGUGGACGUGACUCUGGAUCCUGAUACAGCGAAUCCUAAACUCAUCCUGUCUGUCGAUGGAAAACAAGUGUAUCAUAAUGAUGUGAGGAAGAAAUUUACAGACAACCCAGAGAGAUUUUCUCAGUGUGCUAAUGUUUUAGGAAAGCAGAGUUUCUCUUCAGGCAGGUUUUACUUUGAGGUUCAGGUUAAAGGAAAGACUGACUGGACUUUAGGAGUGGCCAGAGAGUCGAUCAACAGGAAGGCACAAAUCAAAGCGAGUCCUCAGAAUGGUUUCUGGACUGUAGCACUCAGAAAUGGAAAUGAGUACAGUGCUUGUGCAGGUCCUUCUGUCCCCCUCUGUCUUCACCCUGGUCCUGAGAAGGUGGGGGUGUUUGUGCAUUAUGAGAAGGGUCUGGUCUCCUUUUAUGAUGUAAGUGCUGCAGCUCUGAUCUACUCCUUUACUGGCUGCUCCUUCACUCACAAACUCCACCCAUUCUUCAGUCCCUGUAACAAUAAUGGUGAUAAAAACUCUGCACCUCUGAUCAUCUGUCCUGUCAAUGCACAGGAGCACAGGGAACAGUCCAAAACUGAAGAGCAGGUUGCAGGUUCAGAGGCCGGCCGUGUGAAAGGCAGUGGUGGCGACGCAGUUCAGGAGGCCGUCCACAGGGGCGAUGAUGUCCACCCAGUGGCCCAGAAAGUGGUGGCAAGAGGUGGCAGCCGUAGAAGAGCCGGGCAUGCUGGACAUGGAUGUGCCGCCCCACUACGGCGGCGUAGUGGCAGCAGGACCAGGCAGAACCAGACAAAGCAGGACCAGACGAGGCAGGACCAGACGAGGCAGGACCAGGCAACAACGUGGAAGCUGCAGGCAGUGGCGCUGCAGGGAACGGCGUGGAAGCCGCAGGCGGCCACACACUCCGGUUCCUUGGUGUCCUCAUCUCUGCUUCCUUGGUGUCCUCAUCUCUGCUUCCUUGGUGUCCUCAUCUCUGCUUCCUUGGUGUCCUCAUCUCUGUCCUGGACAGACAACAUCUCAGCGGUCGUCAAAAAGGCCCAACAGCGGCUGUACUUCCUGAGUGUCCUCAGGAAGUACAAGCUGAACUCCAACUUGCUGCUGACCUUCUACCGCUCGUCGAUUGAGAGCCUACAGACAUCACGGCAUGGUGCGGCAGCUGCACUAAAGCAGAUAGAGCGAGGCUUCAGAGUGUAG